UUGGAAAGUGACGUACUAUUAACAGUCCUCUUCGAGGACAUGUGCACCAGUUAAAUGAGUUUGAGAUUAUAUAAACCAACGAAUCUAUCUGGGUUUUAGUUGGCAAGUUUAAUUAAACAGUCCAACCAGUCCUUGAAAAGCCCAAGCUUCUUUUGCUUGUACAGGUAGAGGAAUUAAGCACGACCUACGUUCACUCAAGUGGAAACAGCUGAAUUAGGCAAUCAACGUUAUUAUAGAGCUAACGAGCUUUUGUACUACAUACUGCGAACGUUCGUUGUGAUUGUGAAUGCUCAUGUAUUUUUCGGUUUUACCAGCGCUGCUUGUCCUCAUUUUGACCGGAAUUUACGCUGAUGACGAGGCUAUUGUGUUCCCAGAAUCAAAUAACAGAACUUACAUAGAUUUGAACAAAAUACAAAUCCCAGAAUCAAUACUGAUCAGGCUUAAAGAUGUGAAGAAUAGUACUGAAUUUAUUACUCGGUUUCUCAUCAGUAUCCCUCUUCAAGGGAGGCUAGGCACCAUUUUCUCAGCAAACGAAUUGGCACCUUCUGCUGGCUGUGAGCCAGAAUCUCAGAUAGUAGAGCUUCCCAAACCAGUUGAUCCGCUGAUAGUGAUAUGGCCUACUUGUACGAGAAUAAAAAAAUGUGGCGGUUGCUGUCCGAGUACUCUACUUGAGUGUGUACCAAAGAAAACCAGUAAGCUUUCUCUGAAGGUUCUUAAAGCCAAGUAUUCCAAAGCAGGUGAUGAAACAUUCCAAUUUCAAAGUUUCGAAGUUUUGAAACUCGACGUUCACGAGAAAUGUUCGUGUGAAUGUAAGGAGAAGCCUUCUGAUUGCACAAGUCAACAGACGUAUAGAGCUGACGAAUGUCGUUGUAUGUGCACGAACCACGAGUCAUCCGAGAGCUGUGGAGAGAACCAGAUAUGGGACUCUAAGGACUGCGGCUGUAAAUGUAAAAACUACUUGAACUGUUCCACAGGGUUUUAUUUUAACCCUCGAUCUUGCAGUUCUAUGGUUUAGGGACAGCCAGGUGGGCCUGGAGAGACAGGAGUGCUGUAGCAGUUAACUAAAGGAUUAAGCUAUUGUUGUUGGCAAAUCAGACAACAGCUGCAGGUGGUCAUGCCCUUUGUCUACAGUUCCCGCUAGCUACUUGAGCUAACAAGCAUCAGUCAUAGGACUGAGUAUGCUAAACGUUUCAGGGUAUUUUUCAUAUAUAUGAAGUUAAGUUCAUGUUUAGAACUAGAGAGCACUGAAAUUGUGUAAAUAAGAUUUCGUGUAACUUAAGAUUUGUACCUUUUCUUUCUCAUUUAAUGUUAAGUGCUCAUAAAGCUCUUGCAUUCAUGACUUAGCUGAAUUUAUUCUGGGAGCAUUUAAGUGAUUAUUUAAGGGAUUUAGGUUCAGUUGCAAAAUGAAGUAUUUAUUUUAAAUUGCAGUUAUUAUUUGCUUGAUGAGGGCAGAGUUACCACAUUUUAUAAAUUAGUUUUAUCCAAUCCUAUAGUAAAGUGUUCCUCAACCCCAAGAAGUACAUUUUUUUAAUACGUAAAAUAAUUUUCUUCAACUUUUCUUUUAACUAGAAAUGACAUUUAUAAAUAACAGAACUCAUUUUAAACCUUUUGCUUUUUUAUGACAUUUUAUCUUACCUGGUAAAACCACAUUUAUUUAACAUUAAUGUGGCCAUUAUACCCCACCUUCCCCUACUUUGCUUUUCUUUCAAGGAAGAGUUCAAAACUAUUGCCACAGGCUAAAGAAAUAAUUUUUCUGAGAUACUAUUUUGUAUUUCAACAACAUUAUCACCACCUAAUGAAUGAAAUAUAAUAAUAUAGUUUGUUUUACUUCAAUUGUGCAGCUAUAUUAUAGCAGCCUAAAAAUAAAUAUUCUAAGAUAUUGUAUUUUAGUUUAUCAAGCUGUUCAGUAAUAUCACUGUAUAAAGAGUAGAAUAUGAAAUGAUAAUCUGUUUUAUUUCAACACUUUAUUUUUCUAUAUUCUUGUGCUAUACUAUGUAUCUGCUUCCAAAUUGUUAUUUGUAGACAAAUUUAAAAUCUUCAUAUAUGCAGGUGUAUGCAGUUUAACAUAAACAGUCGGUCAAGGAAGUAGCUAAGUACCUUUUGCUCUAGUUACUAAUUAAUCUUGGUCAUUCUACAAAGAUAUCACAUGUACUUUCUCAUGGGAAAGUGUUCUGUGAAGUUGUAUAUACUAUGUAAAAGUAGACAGCAGUCUUUUCAAUCAACAAGCCAGGGGACAUCUUGAAAAUAUAAACUCAUUUAUUUUUCAUUGGGAAUAACAAACAUUAAUUUUGUUAAUGCACACUCACCCUGAGAAGAAUUUCAUUAUUGUUUUGUAUAUAUAAUGCUAUGUUUUCUUAGCCUGAAGAAAGUUAUUGAUAGACUUUUUCACAUAUAUACAGAAUGCUUUCUUUGUUAUUCUUCAUGAAAAAACUUUUAUAGUUUUAUGAGUUGAAUAAAGAUUGUUUCAUUUUGUUACA